AUGGGGCACGUCGUAGACGACGCCGACACCUGGUUCGAGGGCGACGAGCGCCGCUCCUCGUCGAGCGCUUCCGACUUCGACUGGGACAAGACUGCGCGCUUGAUCUGCGCGGUGCUGCUACCGCCGCUCGGCGUCUUCCUGCAAACCGGUUGCAACAAGGACCUGGCGAUCAAUGGGCUGCUGACGCUGUUCGGUUACGUUCCCGGGAUUAUCCACGCCGUGUACGUCAUCUGCGUGAGUUAA